AUGCCACCACUGCAGCCUGCGCUGCUGCAGCAGCCACAGCCGCAGACAGCUGCACCUAUUAUUUCAAAACUGCCAAUUUUCAAUCCAGCAGCUGGACAGCUCAAUCCAUCGGCCUCAUCGUUCAAGCCCAUAAGUAGGCCAGCAGUGACCCUGCCUGUAACAGCACCAGUAACUGUUCAGUCGACACAGCUUCCACCAUCCUACAAGCCGCCCACCAUGCCGGUAGUAAUAGAGCAAACUGUGAAGCCCAUGGAACUGCCUAAGUUCAGCGGACUGGACCAGGACUACAUUCCGUGGCGCCAAAGGUUCAUCCGCGUCAUCCAUGAAAAUCCCCGGUACACGAGCGAUCACAAACUCGCGAGGCUGCGUGAGGCAGUGGAUGGAGGCCGUGCUGCGGAGAUUGUGAGAGGGAUUCUGGAUGGCCCGGACGCCUACAGCCAUGUAUGGACCGAGCUCGAUGCUUGGUAUGGUGGUAGCGACAGGCUAAUAGAGCACCAGAUUCGGGAUGUAGUGAGUCAAGCACGUAUUACCAGUGACGCAGACUUGAGUGGGCUGCAACGGUACGCCAUCAAGCUCCGUACCACUGUCGCCAACCUCCGAGCAAGUGGUGUGAGUCCUGGAGUAGAGCUGUACAUAAUGGCGUCCGAGAAGGUACCCAAGCGUCUCUUGGUAAAGUAUUUCGAGAGGCAUGGCCAGGUCAAUGACGUCUUCACGUUCUCUGCAUGGCUGGUGGAGCACGUCCGCACUCUGAAGCGGGCAGCCGACAGGAUUCCCGCUGAACGCCCCAAAGACAUCAGCAGUCAGGCUACCAGGGAACGAUCCACGGCCACACACCGUACGUUUGUUGGGACUCAUGACGCCGUCAGCAGCGGUGCCAAGGCGUCUUGCAAGAAGUGCAGUGGGCAGCACACCCUAGCCGAAUGCAGCAGCUUCAAGGCAUUGUCAACUAGCAAGCGUUGGGAUUUGGUGAGGUUGCUCGAGCUGUGUGCGUGUUGCCUGUCAUCUGGGCACUGGGCCGCUAGCUGCAGCAAAGACACCUGCAGUAAGUGCAACAAGCGGCAUCAUGGUUUGCUGCAUGCUGAGAUGAAGGGCCAGACAGGUGCGAGGCGCGGGCGACCCUCGCCAGCUCAGAGGUCUGUCACCAACCAUUCUUCCUCGUCCACAGCCAGCCGUACUGGAGCUGGCUCCAUUGGCAACUCUGCUGCGGUGAACGAGAACAGCCUCAGUACGCAUGGAUGUGGUACCACUGCCGCAUUCAUGGUGUUGCAGGCCGACGUCAUCGGCGAACAUGGCAAGAAGAUGAAGGCCACUGUGCUGCUUGACUCCGGAUCAUCUUGCAGCUACAUAACAGAGGAUGCAGCUCACAAGCUGGAACUUGAAGGCCAGAAGUCACAAGUGGAAACGGCAGUCAUCGGCGGCGGCAAGGUGACUGGGCUGAGACAACAGGUCAGCGUCAGCGUGUGCCGCACUGAUGGUGACACUCCGAGCGUCACUGUGCUUGAUGCCUGGGUACUGCCAGCAGUCACGGUCAACCUGCCACCAGUCGACUGGAAUGCAGAGAAGAAGCACUGGUCCCACCUCCAGGACAUACAGUUCCCCGACUCAGCUUGUCAGAGCAUCGACCUACUGAUCGGAUUGAACGCUGCCAGCCUUCACACUGCGUAUGAGGAGCGGAGUGGCAGUGAGGGAGGUCCGAUUGCUCGGCUUACACCGCUGGGGUGGAUCUGCUUUGGCCCAACGCCAAUCGACGCUACUGCACCGCAAGCAUUCACACUGCAUGGCGCCUCCGUAUCCAGCGCAGCUCAACUCGACCAAAUGGUGGAGAAGUUCUGGAGCCUAGAGGCUGUUGGUAUGCAGCCUACAACCACGGAGUACCUGAGCCCUGCGGAGAAGCAAGCCGAGGCCGUCACAUCCCGCAGCUUGAGUUACAGCGACUGCCGAUUCCAGGUUGCCAUUCCGUGGAAGGGUGGCACCAAGCCGAGUGUCCAGUCCAACAAACAUCUCGCUUUACACCGUCUGGAAUCUCUGCAAAGGGCACUUGACAAGUGGCCGUCAAUCAAGCUGCAGUAUACGAAAGUGCUGCAGGCGUACCUGGAAAAAGGAUACAUUCGACGCGUCUCCGAAGCGGCUGAUCUCUCCAUCCCUGACCAGUGGCACCUUCCCCACUUCCCUGUGGUACGGGAUGACAAGACGACAACCAAACUUCGAGUUGUUUUCGAUGCAGCUGCCAAGUGCAACGGAUAUUCGAUCAAUGACCUGAUGCAUGCAGGGCCUAAUCUGAUGAACAACCUUGUUCAUGUCCUGCUGCGCUUCUGUCUCGAGCCCAUUGCGAUCGCCGGUGACAUUACAGAGAUGUUCCUUAAGGUUCAACUCGCUCCUGAAGACCGCAAGUAUCAUCGAUUCUUGUGGCAGUCGUCACCGGGCACCAUCGACACCUUUGAGUUCCUACGGCUGGUAUUUGGCAUCAAAGCCUCGCCAUACCUGGCUGGCAGGGCGCUCAAACAAGUGGCAGAGGAGUGCUGUUCGACGGCGGUGCCUGCUGCUAAGGAAGCUAUCGACCACAGCUUCUACGUUGAUGAUCUGCUCAACUCCCAACCAACUGAGCAACUGGCAAUCUCUGUGCGAGCUGAUCUGCAGCACACUUUGGCACGAGGAGGGUUCCAUAUUCGGAAAUGGAUCACCAACUCCCCCGCAGUGCUGCAGUCCAUUCCUGUUGAACACCGCGCUGUGACAAAUACCCGUGACAUUGUCUCUCACGAGCAGCCACCUGCGUCUCCGAAGACUCUGGGGGUCACAUGGGUUGCGGCGCAAGACCAGUUCACGUUCCGCUACCCAGAGCCGGUCGACGUAGAGUACACCCGGCGAGGUGUGCUCAGCUCCAUGGCGCAGCUGUUUGAUCCGCGUGGCCAGCUCAGCCCAUUUACGAUCCGAGCAAAGGUGAACUUCCAGCAGAGCUGCAUCAGCGGGCUGGGGUGGGACGAUCCUCUUGGCCACGAACAAGCUGUGAAGUGGAAGCGGUGGUUCAGCGAGUUUGAAGACCUCAGCUCUCUCAACAUUGAACGAAGCUUCAAGACUGCCGACAGCAGGGGAGAGCUGCAGUUGCACACGUUCUGCGAUGCAUCCGAUGCCGCUUAUGCCGCUGUGACGUACGUGCUAUCACCGCAGACUGAUGGCGUCAACAGAGUGACACUCGCCAUGGCAAAGGCCCGACCCUCCCCGGUCCGUCGCAAGUCCAUACCCAUGCUAGAGCUUCAAGCCGCUGUGCUUGGCGGUCGGCUGGGCGCCAAUGUCGGCGUUGCUCUAAGCAUUCCAUCGGCCCGCCGGUUCUUCUGGACGGAUUCUAUGAAUGUUCUUUACUGGGUGAGAUCUCCAAGCCGCAAGUUCAAGGUUGAGGUUGGGAACCGGAUCUCGGAGAUUCAGGAAACCACCAGUAGCCGGCACUGGCAGCACGUACCUGGUAAACGGAAUCCUGCCGACCAAGCCACUCGCGGUCUCUCUGCUGCGCAGCUCGCGAUCAAUGAAGUCUGGUGGCAUGGCCCUGCGUUUCUUGCUGCUCCGGAAUCUGAAUGGCCAGCAAAGCAGAUUGUCGUUCCCCAGGAGCUGCCAGGACUGACAAAGAAAUCCAUGUGUGCUAGCUUCGUCGGAAGUUCUACUGCUGCAGCACCCACUGAUCUUGGUCCAGCCCGGUACUCAUCGCUGGACAAGCUGAUUCGCAUCACAGGCUGGUGCCGUAGGUUUGCUCGCCGUGCGCGCCGUAAACCACAGCCAGCGGAUAGCAGUCAACAGCAGGUCACUGUGGCUACAAAGACUGGGACGCUUGUCAUCAACGAACUCUCGGCAGAAGAGCUGCAACAAGCGGAGCGUCUCUGGAUCAGUCAGGCUCAGCAAGAUGCGUAUCCAGAAGUGUUCAAACGUGUCCUGGGCAACAAGGAGCUGCUGGGUUCGGAUGCGUUGGUGCAGCUGCGACCUACCAUGGAUCAGUCUCACGGCAUCCCAGUCAUGCGGGUCGGUGGUCGACUACAGACGUCCCACCAUCUCCCUGGCGAGCUGAGGAGUCCCACCAUCCUGCCCCCAAGGCACCGCGUCACCCAGCUGGUGAUUGGACGCGAGGAUGACCGCUGUCGCCACUCAGUCGGGCCCAACCACCUCCUCUCCAAUCUGGCCGACAAGUUUUGGAUUGUUCGUGGCAAGAUGGCUGUGCGUUCCCACCGCCAUGCUUGCGUGAAGUGUCGCAGAACCUGGGCUAGGACAGCCAAUCCAGUCAUGGGCCAGCUUCCUGUCUUCCGCACAGCACCACCACUGCAAACCUUCUCUCGCGUUGGUAUUGACUUUGCCGGCCCGUUCCACACUCGGCAGGGCAGAGGUCGUACCCAGCUGAAGCGGUAUGUAUGCGUGUUCAAAUGUCUGCAGACAGGCGCCUGCCAUCUGGAAGUUGUCAACUCUUUGGAUGUGGACGGCUUCCUCCUAUGCUUCACUCGCUUCUGCAAGCGCCGCGGAACUCCUACAGAGAUUCUUUCGGACAACGGAACAAACUUUGUUGCCGCCGAGCGAGAGCUGAGGGAGGCUUGGAGUCAAGCUAGUGAGCAAGCAGGCCAGCGACUCGCUACACAAGGCAUCAAAUGGCGUUUCAACCCACCGUUGUCGCCCCAUUUUGGUGGCUAUUUUGAGUGCCUGCUCAAGGCAAUGAAGAAGGCUCUCCAGUCCGUGUUGUACCGUGCCGACUUGACUGAUGAGGAGCUCCAGACAGCGCUAAUUCAAGCCGAAGCGUUGCUGAAUUCGCGUCCUCUGACUGUCGUUUCAAGCGAUGCUGAUGACCCGGCCCCCCUGACACCGCUGCAUUUUCUUGUUGGCCAUCAAGAUGUCUCUGCUGCCCUGGAAGAUGUUGCUGAUGCAGAACGAGUGGUACACCCACAUCGCCGUUGGAAGUAUGUUCAGCGGCUGACACGUGACGUGUGGAGCAGGUGGCUCAAGGAAGUUGUGCCGAAGCUGAAUGUGCGCUCCAAAUGGCACCGCGGCGAGCAGAAUGUCAAAGUAGGUGAUGUCAUGAUUGUGCUUGAGGAGCACACGCCACGAGCCCGCUGGCCACUCGGGAGAGUGCAAGCUACGUACCCCGGUGAAGAUGGUGUAGUGCGCGUCGUGGACAUCAAGAUUUACCGUCGUUCAGUUGGCCGCCUUGUGCCGCUGGAGGUACCCGACGCUUCACCCGCAAACGCCAUUCGCAGCGUCAACACCGGCAUGACCAUUGGUGACAUCACCGAGUGA